AUGGCAGAAGAUGCUUCAGGGACAGAUGGCCUCCAGGUCACUGUGGAAUUCACUGGAGGCCUCGAGAUGCUCUUCUCCAAUCGAAGGAAGCAUCAAAUCACGCUCCCUGUCAGGGAUGAAAAUGACGCAGCGGCGAACAUCGCAUAUCUCGUGCGGUACCUGUGUCAAAACGUGAUGAGGGAUCAUCGUAAAGAGCUGUUCGUGCUCGAUGAUACGGUGCGGCCCGGCAUUCUGGUCCUUAUCAACGACGGCGACUGGGAGUUAGAAGGGGGAGAGGAGUACGAAAUUCAACCGAAUGAUAACAUCCUCUUCGUCUCCACGCUGCACGGUGGCUAG